AGGGAUCAGCCUCCACCCCUACACUUUCUGCUCGGGUAGGGUGAGGGAUCGGCGCCGUGAAGCCUGAGGAGUCCAGCGGCAUCGUGGUGCUUUCAGGAGAGGUAUUUUGUGCUCACACGAGGAAUCUAGUGCUCUCAGGAGACAAAAGCGGGGAAGGGCACUCACAGAAGUGAGGAGAUCUUAAUGCCUACACUCGGUAUAUCAGGUGUUCACUGGGAGGAGAAGAUAUUAUGCUUAAGGAAGGGGAAUCUGGUGUUCUUGCCCUGCAUUCGUCCUCAUGGGCGUUGGACUCAAUAUUGGAAUAUAAUUACUUGAAAAGUACUGUGAUGCAAAACAGUUCGCUCUAAUCAGUACACUUAAAGCAAUUUACCAGCUGAAUAACAAUGUGAUACACGGUGAAGAGUGGAUAACGACUCUUGAUACUUGGAGUUGGGAUCAGGGUUAGUUCUGUGACCUCGUCUUUAAUUGCAUUCCCAUCAUGAAAGAUUUGACACAAGUCUUUGUUUGUUAUUUCAUCCUACCACUGCUCCGUUUGACCCAGAGUCACAGUCUUUUCACCUGCGAACCCAUAACCAUUCACCGGUGUGAAGGUCUGCCGUACAACAUGACAUUUUUCCCCAAUAAAUUGGAGCACUUUGAUCAGGAUAUUGCUGCAGUUGAAAUGGAGCCUUUUCUUCCACUUAUGAAGCUGCAAUGUUCACCAAAUGUGAAAAUGUUCCUGUGCAGUGCAUUUGUGCCGGCUUGUACAGAAAAACUGCAGAUCGUCCCUCCUUGUAGAAAGCUUUGUGAGGAAGUUCUUCAGGACUGUGAAAAACUCAUUGAGACAUUUGGUAUCGCUUGGCCAGAGGAGUUGCAGUGUGAUCAGUUAGAAGAUUGUGUUGAUGGCCAGCAGUCUUCAGCAGUAGCUCCAACUUCAAGAUCGAUAACAGAGAAGACUUCACAAACAAUAGUGAAAGAUUAUGGGUUUUGGUGUCCACGGCCGCUGAAGACCCCUACUGGACACGGCAGUUCAUUUCUUGGUGUAGAUGACUGUUUACCACCAUGCCCCAACAUGUACUUCAAAGAAGAUGAACUAAGCUUUGCCAAAUGUUUCAUUGGAAUUGUUUCCAUCUUUUGUCUAUGUGCAACUCUCUUUACAUUCCUGACUUUCCUUAUCGAUGUUCGAAGAUUUCGGUACCCUGAGCGGCCAAUCAUUUUCUAUGCGGUAUGCUACAGCAUAGUAUCUCUCAUGUAUUUUGUAGGUUUUGUUGCUGGUAAUAACAUAGUGUGCAACAAGGCAGAUGAGAAACUGGGAGCCAUGGAAACAGUUGUCAUAGGAGCGCAGAGCAAAGGAUGUACCAUCCUUUUCAUGUUAUUAUACUUCUUUACCAUGGCAGGCACUGUUUGGUGGGUAAUCCUGACCAUAACGUGGUUCCUUGCAGCAGGACUGAAGUGGAGUUGUGAAGCUAUUGAACAGAAAGCAUUGUGGUACCAUUCUGUUGCCUGGGGAAUACCUGGGAUAUUCACAAUAAUGCUGCUUGCCUUGAACAAAGUGGAAGGCGACAAUAUCAGUGGUGUGUGCUUUGUCGGGCUAUAUGACUUAAAUGCUUUGCGCUAUUUUAUCUUGACGCCAUUAUGCCUCUGUGUGGUGGUGGGAUUGUCCCUUCUGUUGGCAGGAAUUAUUUCCUUGAAUCACGUGCGACAGGUUAUCCAACAUGAUGGACGAAACCAAGAGAAACUGAAGAAAUUCAUGAUUCGAAUUGGAGUUUUUAGCGGCCUGUACUUGGUGCCUCUAGUUGGGCUUCUGGGAUGCUAUAUUUAUGAGCAAACCCUUCGGACAACUUGGGAAACAACUUGGGUUCAUGAUUACUGUCAAGAUUAUCCCAUUCCAUGCCCCAAUCAGGUGGAAACCUUGAUCAGGCCUGACCUGUCUCUCUUUAUGAUGAAAUACUUGAUGACUCUAAUUGUUGGUAUACCAGCAGUUUUCUGGGUUGGCAGUAGAAAGACAUGUUCUGAAUGGGCCAAUUUCUUUCACAGUGCCCGCAAGCGAGACCCUAUUACUGAAAGUCGGAGAGUGUUGCAAGAGUCCUGUGAAUUUUUCUUGAAGCACAAUUCUAAAGUUCAGCACAAGAAGAAGCACAAGUCAAGUUCCCAUAAACUCAGGGUAAUCUCUAAAUCUAUGGGGACAUCUACCACAGGCAUGGCAAAUCAUGGGACAUCAACUUUGCCUGCAACCAAUCAUGAAUCAUUUGGUCAAGGGACAUUUUCUGAGGCUAAACCUUCCCUUGAAAUCAGUGAACAUGAUGCUUUCCUCCCUGCUAUCCCUUCUGCAUUGAACACAUCCACUGGGGAACAAGCUUCUCUCCAUUUAUCUGGACACGGGGUGUCUGCUGACCUUCCAGAGAAAAGGAGUAAAGGAGGAAGCAUAUCUGGCAGAAUAAGCAACCAGUCUGAAGGCUUGCAGCGUGUUCCAGAUGGACGAUUAACACCAAGAGAUGACUAUGCUGAGGAGCAGACAAUACAAUCUAGCUGUGUCCUUGUGCCCCACUAUCCACAGCCCAGUAGCAGCAAGAGCUCUGCUUCUCUUCUUGUGCACGCGUUGGCAGAUAUCACCAAGUUUGAAGACCCUGAGAAUGGUGACUCAGAUGCCUGACCAUGUUGGAUUGACAUGUCUUAGCAUUUGGACUGUAGCCCAUGCUUUGUGAAAUUUGCAUCGAUAACAUUUCGUUUAUGAGUUAGUUUUUUCUUUAGUUUUAGAGAGAAAAUUUAAAUGCACUACAAAUAACAGUCUUAAAUAGUUUGAACUUGAGUACUAAUCUGAAAGCUCAACUUGGACAGUCACUACAAAUAUCAGAGGAACAUUUUUUCAUACUUGUCCAGGCAAAGUUUUUUUUGAUACUGUAAAAUAUCAUGUGGUGAUCCUAGUUUUGUAUUAGUGUUUAUGGGGUUGGGAGGGGGAGAAAUUGAGUUCAGUCAAUAUUGUCUUUAUUUUUAUGCUUUAUAAAGUAGGCAGUGGCAGCAGUGAUUCUCUGUGGUAUCUUCUUCUAUUCAAUCAUACACUCAUUUAUAAUGUUAUUUUACCUUGCAUAGUGGUUGUGUACUUACAAAAUCUCUAGUGCAGCUUGAAAUAAUGAUAAGUAAGGUGUAACUGCUGCUGCUGUUGUGUAUCUGUUCUGAUAACUUGUGUGCAAGCUCAGUUACGAUAGUUGAUUCAACAGGAUUGUGUAUACUUUAUACAGAUUGAAGACAGAGAGACCUGGCAGUGUACCUACAUCUUUGAAUGUGUAAUAUGGCCAUUUUAGAAGUCUGUUAUAAGGGCAGAUUGAUCCUUAGCUUUAUCAAUAGAGACUGAGGACAAAAGCAAGGAAAAUGUCCCAACCAUGGUACUUAGGCCUCAUCUGGAGUAUUGUAGAUACUGUGCUACUACACUUCUUAGGAAGAAUGACAAGAUCUUGAAAUGGAUGCAGAAGGAAUUCACUUGCAUAAUACCAAUUAUAAAGGAUUUCACUCAAAUGUAAAUAUUAGAGUACUGGGAUUACUCUCCUUCACACAGAGAUGGUUAAGGGAGGAUUUUAAUAAAGACAUUCAGAAUCCUUUAAUAGGGUAAACAAGGAGCAACUGUUUCUGAUGCCAUAACAAUUGGUAAUCAGAGUGCACAGACUAAAGCAAUUGACAAAAGGACCAGAGGUGACAUGAGGGGAAAAUGAAUCUGGAAUGCCUUGCCUGAAAAGGGUGGUGAAAGUAGAUUCAAUAAUCAUUUUCAAAAAGGAAUUAUAUAAAUACUUUAUGCAGAAACCUUCUGGGGCUAUCAGGUAAGAGCAAGGGAUUGAGGUUAAGUACCUAGUUGUUUGAAAGAGCAGAUCCACAGUUUUGAAAGGGAGUUUCAGGGUAUUAAAAACCAAAAGAACUGUGGAUGCUGUAAAUCAGGAACAAAAACAAG